AUGUCAGAACCAAAGGUUUACGUUAGACCUGUUUCUUACGAAGUUUCUCAAGACGAUCUUAGAGAUCAUUUUGCUUCAGUUGGUCCAAUCACUGAUGUCUUAGUCAUCAAGGAUUUUGCAUACAUUACUUUUGAAGCUGUUGAUGAUGCUCAACGUGCCGUUGAAACUUUAAAUGGUAGUACUUUUGAUGGUCAAGAUCUUCAAGUUGAACUUGCUCGUCCAAGAAGAGAAGAUACCAGAGGUAAAUAUAGAGUUAAGAUUACCAACUUACCAGAAGGUACUGCUUGGCAAGAUUUUAAGGAUUUUGUUAGAGACAAAACCACUUAUACUGCUACUUUUGCUAAAGUCUUUAGAGAUUACGAAUCUGGUGAAACCAUUGGUGGAUUAGAAUUCGGUAGUGCUGAAGAAUUAGAACAAGCUAUUCCAUUAUUAGAUAAAGCUGAAUAUCAAGGUACUGAAAUCGGUGCUGAAGAAGAUACUUCUCCAUUUGUUCCACCUCCACCAAGAACUGGUGGAUUCAGAGGUGGCCGUGGUGGUUUCGAACGUGGUGGAUUCAGAGGUGGUCGUGGUGGAUUUGACCGUGGUGGAUUCAGAGGUGGUCGUGGUGGAUUCGAUCGUGGUGGAUUCAGAGGUGGUCGUGGUGGAUUCGAUCGUGGUGGAUUCAGAGGUGGCCGUGGUGGAUUUGACCGUGGUGGAUUUAGAGGUGGCCGUGGUGGUGGCUUCAGAGGUGGUCGUGGUGGAUUUGAUAGAGGUGACAGAGGUGAAUUCAGAAGAGAUGACAGAGAUUCAUAUCAACGUGACAGAUCCCCAACCCGUUAUUAG